ACCAAUCAUCGCAGCGGGGGUGGGACUAAACAUGAGACAGCGGAAGAUUCAAAACGAAGAUGGCGGCUGAAAGCGAUCCCCAAAACAAUCACAAACUGGGCAGGAGCGGGACGAAGUGCAGUGUUUUCAACAGGCAGGAGAGGCCGACCCUCAGCCAACCCGUGAUCUUCAACCCGGACUUCUUCGUGGAGAGGCUGCGGCACGAGCAUCCGCAGGCCUUCGCCGACUUGAUCCUGAGCAACAUCACUCGGCUCAUCGAUCUUCCGGGCGACGAGUUCGCCCAGCUCACCGGAGAGUCCGAGCCCCGGGUGCCCUCGUCCUCCUCCUCCUCCUCCUCCGGCGGCUUCCUGCGCUCCUUGAACUUCCUGAAGCGAAAAGACAAAGGAGUGGUUUUUGGUGCACCGUUAACUGAAGAAGGAAUCGCACAGAUCUAUCAACUCAUUGAAUACCUGAGUAAAAACCUUCAAGUAGAGGGGUUGUUCCGUGUGCCAGGCCACAGCCUGAGGCAGGCAGCCCUGAGGGAGAUGCUGAAUGCCGGUGCAGAGAUAGACCUAGACACAGGCGAUUUCCACCCCAAUGAUGCGGCCACAUUGCUUAAGGCCUACCUGGGAGAGCUGCCAGAGCCUCUGCUCACACACAGACACUAUCAUGCUCACCUGAAGAUCGGAGAGCUCACUCGCUUCGAUGAUAAUGGGGAUAAGACCCAUGUGCCCGACAAGGAGCGGCAGAUUGAGGCACUUCAGCUGCUUGUCAUGCUGCUCCCACCCGCCAACCGCAGUCUAUUGAAGCUGCUGCUGGACUUGUUGUACCACACCGCUCGCAAUCAGCACAUCAACAGGAUGUCUGCAAUUAAUCUAGCCACCAUGUUUGCUCCACACAUCAUCUGGCCCAAAAAUGUGUUGGCAAGUGAUCUGCAGAGCAACAUUGACAAACUGAAUAAUGGGGUAGCAUUCCUCAUCAGGCACUCACAGAAACUGUUCAAGGCACCUGUGUAUAUCAAAGAAUAUGGCCGCUUGUACUUCACUGGAUCAAACUCUCUUCAAUCAAAGGACGACUUGACACUCUGUUCUGGGACCAAAGAGGGGCCAGUCACCGCACUAAUGGCCGCCCACCACUCUCCCAUCACGAGAUCAAUUGGAAGUGAGGUCAGCAGUUAUACUGAGUCUGCCCUCAGAGAGCUGUACCAGCAGGUCAACAACAUGCCCCAGUCUGCCAAGAAGAAGAAGCUCAUCAGACAAUUUGAAAAGCAGCCUUUGCUGACCCCUUCGUCUGACUCCCGGACCCCGUUCAGCAGGAAACACUGGCGCUCGCGCUCUCUGGGUGGAAUUAUCAAGAGGAGGGUUUUGGGAAGCCCAACAUUAACGGAGAAGGAGAACGGCAAGCCGCAGAUUCCUCAGCGCAGCAGUUCCAUUGAUGGCCAGGGAACAGAAAAUACUCAGCUGUGAAAGGGUUUAAUCGUCUAUAAAAGAAUGCGCUGUUCACACCUAAGGUAACCUCAGUAUAACUGUGAUGUUGGCCGCUUUAAAGGAUCUUGAUGCUAAACGGUGUAAUGCACUGCAGUGCUCUGACACCAUUUUUAGAUCUGUACUCAACUGUUUUGUUUUUUUGUGUGCGUCCAACUCUUAAAAAUUAAGAUGGCAAGGAAGCUAUUUAAAGACUAGAAGUUUACCUUAAGUGACACAACAUGAAAGAGGUUAAUGGACAAAAGUGAAUAUGUUACAUGCUUUAUUUUAGGUCAAUGUAAUUCACCACUUUUCUUACACUCUUGCGUUACCUCUUAAUUUGCUUUAUUCCUUGUCCAUUUAUGAUCUUGAGGAUGCCAGUGACUUUUUUUUUGUGAAUUUGUCAGUUUUUGGCUUUAUCAUCGACUGAAAUGUGUUUUUAUUUAAUUUGCAAAACCCAAUUGUAUUUAUUUCUCAUUUGUCAUCUGCAUGUUUCAAGUCCUAGAAUCCAGUAUGCAUAUGAUGCGAUGUGCAGGCUUUUCUAUUUAAAUGUUUAAUUAGACUCACAGUCGGUGCAGUCUGUUCAAGACUUUCAUUUCAAAAUCUUAAAAUUCAGAGAUGUGCCUUAAAAUGAAUUUAUCUUAUUUUGUUUUGUGUUUAAGUUUUUAUUCAACUUACAGGGGAACUUUUAUUCCUCCCAAGUUCCCAAUGGCUUUAAGAGUAUAAUGAAAUUUUUAUAAAGAAUCCAUUCAAGUGUCAGUAAGUUAGGGAGUGAAGAGGAACAGGGGUGAAGAAUGGAAGAUGGGAGAUACUGCGUGAAAGGACCAGCUCAUGUAGAUUAAUACUUUUUUUUUGGUCCCUACCAAAGCCCAACACUUGGGUGUCAACACUGUGAUACUUUUAACUACUGCUUCUUUAAACUAUAUCUCGAUUUUGGCUCUUUUAUAAUUUAGUAUUUCUCAGGACAGUUUUGAUUCCUAUGCAACAUUGUAUACAGUCUUAUAGCUUUAUAUGCUUCCAGUCAUGUUUUCAGUUACUCUACUGUUUGGUGCAAGAUGUUUUUCUUUGUGUUUAUUUUAAAUUUUUUACUGUCACUUUUUAUCUCGAAUCCAAUGGAUGGCUGAAUGCAAAUGAAGAUGAAUCUGUUUCCUUUUAUUGUGGUUGUUAAACCUAUUUGAGAGAAUUUGAGCCACUUUUAAAUCCCCCUUGAUGUCUUACUCAUUCAGCAGCAGGUUCCAGUUCAUUGGUCUCUCUACCAACUAUUUAACUAUAGUGUGACGCCACUUAAUUGACCAUGUAAACAUAUGUUAUUGAUGGCGAUACUGCUGUGACGCUAUGCAACUCGCUGUGAUUAAAAGACAUCAAGCGGU